CGGCUGCGCGGGGCGGUCGGGCGCGGUGGGGCAGCCCCGCGCGGUGAGCGGGCCCAGGCGGCGGCGGCGGCGGCCGGGUGUGAGGUGCGGGGAGCGGCGGCGGCAGCGCGCGGCAGAGAUGCCGCUCUUCGCCCCCAACCCCUUCGAGCAGGACGUGGAGAAAGCUACAAAUGAAUACAACACCAGCGAGGACUGGGGGCUUAUCAUGGAUAUUUGUGACAGAGUUGGAAGCACUCCCAAUGGAGCCAAGGAUUGCCUUAAAGCCAUCAUGAAGAGAAUGAAUCACAAAGUUCCCCACGUGGCUUUGCAAGCUCUCACACUUUUAGGAGCCUGUGUCUCAAACUGUGGGAAGAUUUUCCACCUGGAAGUGUGUUCCCGGGAUUUUGCCACUGAAGCUCGAGCUAUAAUAAACAAGGCUCACCCAAAAGUGUGUGAAAAGCUAAAAUCCCUCAUGGUGGAGUGGUCAGAAGAAUUCCAGAAGGACCCACAGUGUAGUUUAAUAUCUGCAACCAUCAAAUCCCUGAAGGAGGAAGGGGUCACUUUUCCUGCAGCAGCAUCCCAGGCCUCCACCAGUGCUGCUAAGAAUGGCUCCUCAUCCAGUAAAUCCAAGGAAGAUGAGGAUAUAGCUAAAGCUAUCGAGUUGUCCCUGCAAGAGCAGAAGCAGCAGCAAAUGGAGACCAAGGCCUUGUACCCCUCUGCAGAGACCCCACCACACCCCCAGAGCCUGAGGAAGGUGCGAGCUCUGUAUGACUUUGAAGCUGUGGAGGACAAUGAGCUCACCUUUAAAAGUGGAGAGAUUAUUUUUGUUUUGGAUGACAGUGACGCCAAUUGGUGGAAAGGGGAGAACCACAGAGGAGUGGGGCUGUUCCCGUCCAAUUUUGUCACCUCUGACUUGACUGUGGAGCCCGAGGCAGCAGCCGUGGAUAAAAUCUCUGUUCCUGAGGACGCUGCAGAAGAAAUCAAGAAAGCAGAACCUGAGCCAGUUUAUAUUGAUGAGGACAAGAUGGAUAAAACACUGCAGGUGCUUCAGAGCAUAGAUCCCACGGAUUUAAAGCUUGAUUCUCCAGACCUUCUCGACUCAGAAGAUAUCUGCCAGCAGAUGGGUCCAAUGAUAGAUGAAAAACUAGAAGAGAUAGAUAGGAAACAUUCCGAGUUAUCCGAACUGAACGUGAAGGUUCUGGAAGCUCUGGAGCUCUACAACAAACUGAUGAAUGAGAGCCCCAUGUACUCAGCCUACUCCAAACUCCAGCACCCUGCACAAUUCCCACCCACCUCCUCCGGAGUCUCCGUGCAGUCGUAUCCUGUGCAGCCUCCCAGUGGGAAUUACAUGAUCCAGGGCGUGUCCAUGUCCCCGGGAUACGGCCUGGCCCCGGAGCAGGUGGGCCAGGUGAGGUCUCUGCCCCAGGGCAUCAACUCUGCAGCCACUCAGCCACCUCCAGCUGCUUAUCUAAGCCCCGACCCGGCGCUGCCUCAGCCCUUCCCGAGCGUCGCCGGCACCGCCGCCUUCCCCCAGCACCAGAUGGGCAUGGCCGUGGACAUGGCGGCGUUCCAGAGCAACCAAGGACCAGCUUAUCCCGUGGCUCUUCCUGCUCAUUCCCUGCUCCAGCAGCAGACAAAUUUCCAUCAGCAGCCUCUGCUUUAAACGGCCACAGUCGAGGAAUUGCGACCCAGCGAUCCUUGGGAGUCCCUGCCGUGGAUAUCCGAGUCCAUUUUCCUCUCCAAUAACCCAACUCGCUGCAUUGGGGUGAUGCAGAGUAAAAAUAGGCACCAGCUCUGAUGGUUCUUUGCAUUUUUGCAUCCUGAACUAGAUUUAGGGGAUGGUUUAAAAUAAUUCCCUGUUCCUCCGAGUCCCUUUUUUUUUUCUUCUCUUCCCUCCCUGCGCUUUCAGGAAAUGCCACUUGUGAAUCUUUGAAAGAUUGUCCCAAAAUAAUUCUCUUUUCCAUGUGUUUCUGGAAGCUUGAGGAUGCUGAGAUGCUGUUGCUUUGCCUCCUGUGGUGUCUGCUGUAAUCCUUCUGUCCCAGUGGCUUUAGGGAAUCUCUGCAGUUGGGGUCCAUUCCUGAGGGAAACGCCGAGGGAUCCCUGGCUCCAGCUGGAAGAGGAGACUCUGCCACUCAGGACCACAUCCCUGUGGAGACAGGACAAAAAAGGGGUUUAACAGUGCUGCCUCUAUAUUCAGAAAACACAGAGAGUUGCUGUGUUUCUCUUGAGGAAAGCCCAGGUUUUCCUGGCAUUCCCUGGUGUCUUGGCAGAGGUGGCACUGCCAGCACCAGGCUCUGGGGAGGAGCAGGCAGGGGAUGCUCCCCCUGCUUGGGGGCACUCCCUGGAUCCAAGGUGCUGAGCCAGGAACUUGCACAGGACCUCUCUUCACUUUUCCUUUCUGGAUGGAUGUAGAAGGGAAGGAGCUUUGUCAUUCCUUGUGGGAAAGGAGGGGGCUGGAGAAGGUUUGAAGCUGCUGAAGACUGAGGAUCUGUUCCCUUUGCAAGGGGGAGCUGAGUGGAACAGGAAUGGUCUUGAUGGGACUCUCUUGGAUUUCCUCUCUGUGCCACUGCGUGUCUGGAGCCAGAGGAGCUCCUGCACCACUCGGGGAGGGGGAUCUGAGCCCAUCCCCUGUGCUGGGGGUGGGAUUGGGCUCCUCAGCCCAGGGAACCCUGAGCUGUGUCCCUGGAGCAGGGAUUACCUCCAGCUGGGCACAUGUGGCACUUGGUGAGAAAAGAAACCCAAGAAUCUCUUCCCUGAUGCACUUUUUGAAAGGGUGGGGUUUGUCCAAGGGAGCAGAUGAGCUGGAUUAUCCUUUGGGAAAGUGGGAUUUCUUUCUUGUUUCAACUGCUAAAAGAAAAAAUCACUUCAUCCUCCUAUUUACCUUCUCAGUGGAGCAUGGUCACAUUUAUCCUGCUUUUAACCACCUCUGGUGAGUGGUAAUCCUUGGUUUGGGGAAACAGUGGAAGCAAAUUACUGAUAAAACAUCUCAAUUAAAUGCAGGAGGCUCCCUGAUGUCUAAAUAAGCAUUUUUGAUAUCUAAAUUUCAUCCCAGAUUGGAGCUCCCAGGCUGCUGAGUGACAAAACCCACCCUUCACUCACCACCUCCUCCAUUUAUUUUCCCUUCUAUUUAAUUAUUUCCUAUCUUGACCUUAUAUUUGCAGCCUCAUGCUCAUGCAAAAAGUGUUCAGCACCUGCUCUUUAAAUCACUUUUUAUUUAAAUGUGUGCAAUUAGAAGGAGGAUUUUGUCUUUCCUUUGGACAUGACUUUAAUUUGUCUUGAUCCUUCCCCUGGAAGUAGCUCAGUACAAAUGACACACGUGGCAAUAUUGAAGUAUUUUGAUAAUUUGUUCCUUGUGUCUUUUGAGGAAAAGAAUUUCUUUCAAUGCUGCUGUUCCAAAUUCUUAUUGUUUGGAGCUUGUAUUUGUCAGAGUUUGCUUCGUCCCAAGUUGGUUUGGGCUCGAACUAAACCUUGCUCUCGUUGCUAUGGAUUCUCCAUGUUAGGAAAUUUAAAUUGGUGGUUUUGUGGAUUCGGAGCUUUGGGCCAAGAGAAAUCUUCAGCUGAGCCAGGCAGAUGUGAUUUGAUGAUGUUAAUUGUUCAGUAUAAAUAAUGUAUAUACUCAUUUGUCUGAGAUUUUUCUACACAGCUCCACACACGCCUGAACUUUUAUAAAAGGAUUUGUCCUUCUGUCACCUCUUCUACUCCUAACUCCAUGAUAUGCAACUUGUAGAUAGUGUAAAAUAAUUUAAUUAUUAUUAAACCAGUGUAUUUAGAGGGGGUUGGUGUUUCUCUUCAUACUUCUAGACAUGAUCAUAUUUAUUUUUAAGGCCUGAUUGUAACUGAACAUGCUGCCAAAGGAUUUCUCUAACUCCAGAUUUCUACUUUAGGUUUCUACCUGCUGUUUUCUAUCAGGAAUUCAGGGUGGAGAACUCCUGCUUUUUUCAUAUAGACCCUUAACAUAGGAACCUGGGCGACUUUCUAAUGAGACUUUCCUGUGAUCUGUUUGUUUGAUGGGUGUUAAAUAUCACUAUGAGAUCCAUUUCCUUCCGUGUGAGCUGGGGACCUGUUGUGUCUGUUCACUUUGUCACCCCAGAGUGCUCUGAGGGGUUGUGCUCUGUCACCUGAUGUCACCCACGCUUUGUCUCUCCAAUUGGCUCCAGAAAUGAUGUUAAAAAUCAGAUUAUUGAAACCUUC